CAUUUUUGUUUACACUAUUUCUCCUUUCUUGUUUUAACAAGAUAAAAAAAAUGUCUCAUCAAAAUUUAAAACAAGAAAAAGGUAUAGAAAUUGCAUUAGCCUAUUUAAGAGAAGUUAAGAAUCGAUGUAAGAAACCUAAAAUAUUUAAUGAAUUUUGCGAGACUAUGAGAUCAUUUAAGAGAAAAGAAAUCAGUGAAAGUUUUUGUCAUGAUAUUGUUAAAAAUCUUUUUAAAGAUGAUCCUGAAUUAUUAGAAGGAUUUUACAUUUAUUUUCCCAGACAAAAAAAUUUGUUGACAUCACCAUCAUCGACAACUUGUAUAACACCGCAACAGCGAGAAGUUGAAGAAAAAAAUGAUGUGCUAAUUGAUAAAGAAAAUAAUAAUAUGAACAUAGAUAACCAAAAUUUAGUUAUUGACAAUAUUGAAAAUGAAAAUGACAAUAAAUUGAAUUUUCAAGGUAAUGACUGUGAGAGUCAUAUAAUAGUUAAUAAUGAAGGUGAGGAAAAUAAAAUUAUUAUCAAUCAAGAAUUAGAGAAUGAAAACAUUUCUAAUAUUCAUCAAGGUAUAAAGACAGCUUUUAUUAAUGAAUUUUAUACAAAUUCUCAUUUAUCAAAGAAAGAAGCUUCUGAUCUUUCAACAGUUAUUUCUAAUUCUUCACUCUCGUCAUCGUCAUCGCCACAAAAUUCUUUUAAGAAUAUCGAGAGUUUUGAUAAUGAUGAUAAUAAUAACAUUACUUUAUUAAAACCUUCAUCAUCCACAAAAAAGAAAGAAAUAACAUCAUCUCCAGCAUCAAAUUCAUUAGAAACAGGAUUACGUAGAAGUACUCGUAAUCGCAAAAUUGCCUCAAAACCAGUUGAUGAUGCUUAUUUUUUCUAUAAAUAAGUUGUGUUCCUAGUAAAUUAUUCUGACUAUAUAAGAGUGGAUUAAAAUUUUAGCAAUACUG